AUGGGCUCUACACCUGAGAAAGGGCCAAUGGAACUUGGCCCCGCUCCUCUUAACUUCAUUUACUCCUGCUCGCUCUGCAGUGCUACCUUUGCCGAUGUAUACGAAGGCCACAACCAGUCCGUUCGCGGUCUAUCGGAUGGCAUCAACCCUAAGGAUCGCCUCGUGACGCGGCUCUUCCUCGCAAGCUGUUGCCAUGUCUUUUGUAGUAGCCAUCUCGAAGGUGGCGGACCGCCUUUCCAUAGCGACAAAGAGCGUCCGAAAGCGCCGUGCCCUGUGUGCAUCAAAGAGAAAGGCGACAGUGAGCCUCAGUUUCUGUACUCAAUUCGUGGCUUCAACAAGAACGAGUACGACCCUAUGAUACCACCAUCCUGGUUUACUGCACCGCCAAUUCGACUUGACGGGAAUGGAAAGGAGAUGGAUGCUUUGCGUUUCCAGUAUAUAGCGCUCAUAAGGUACUGCCAAAACACUUAUGCGACCCGCAAGCCUCUCGAACAAACCCUCAAGGAAUCAGAAAAGAAGCUUGCCAACAUGCGCAAUCUCGUGUCUGAAGAGCAUGCGAAGAUGAUCAGUUUACAAAAGGAAACAGACAAACUGAAUGCGCAAAAGGAUCAAUUCGAAGCCAUGCAGGCCGAGGUACAGCGGCUACAGGGUGUUGAACAGGAGUUUGAGCAACUCCGCAGCCUCAAUGUCAAUGCACGAGAUCUGAAGACAUUUAUUACAAACAAGUCGGCAAUUCGACACUAUUUGAAGCUCGUUCCGAUGUUGAUGGAGCAGAAUGAGAAGAUGCAAAAGCGACUCGCCCAGCUAGGAUUUGCAAUGCCUGUUCAACCUAUACCGAACUUCAGGGGGGUGGACCCCAGCGCAUUCGAUAGUGACGAAACUCUCGUUCGUGAUGAUCACAGAGACUUCAAUGAAGUGUUGCGAAAGGCCACUUCGAGUCAUACUGUUAGUGGAUAUGCACACGCAUCAGACAAAGUACGAACGACGCCCUCGAGCUCCUACCUACGGCGGCCCGGGAAGCGGCAACGUCUUGACUCUCCCCUUCCUAAAGAUAUGCAAGUCGAUUGCUCCCCAGGCCGACAACCGAUGCCGCCCCCAGCAAAGCCACUAUUGAGAAUGCAAUCCAUGCGCAAUAUAUUCCCUACUCUAAGAAAGAAGUUCGCUGGUGACCGGUCCUCUCCUUUGGCAGACGAAAACCUAGGGGUUGGUAGGGGUAUUCAGAUGUACAAGGAUGCAAAUUGGCAGAGUGCCAACACUACGCGACAAGAGGCUCGUAAUGAACUCCAUAGCGAACCACCGUGCAUGUCAGGUGCCCUUCCCAUGGGACAACAUUCUCAGCACUUGGGCUCCAGGAAUCCGCAGCCAAACGCCAACGUUGGCAUACAUGAACACCAGUCUGAUUUCACAUUCCAAGCAUCGUCGCCCGCCAAGGCGGAGUCUUGUAGCAAAAGAUACCGUCCGGUCCAACUACCUAUUGAGCCUUCAUACAUUCGCCUGAUGGACGGCCUUUCGUGUGGAGAUGAAGUCGAGCUGGGUUUGAGAGACCCACGUGAUAAUGCUGGCUUAGACUAUCAAGGUGACAGCAGUAACAGGCAAGUAGAGCAUGCAUAUGAGAAUCAGCCAGUCUCGCAAACUACACAUCGAAAAACGCCCUGGAGUCCAGGGAACAUUUAUACGCACUCGAUUCCGUACGGAUUGUCUGCUUCCGUUGAAACUUACCAGCGACCUCCACAAUCCAGACCGACUAACGUAUCUACAAAUAGACUGUACAACGGGCCAAAUAUUGGCCGCGCCCAGCCCUCACCCAAAAGGUACCAUCAUCCCGGGAAUUCAAUCGAGAACGUAUUCAAAUCAUUCCGACGUCUAUCGGUCUCAAAGAUCAACGAUGGCAAAGUCUCAAGCUACUUGGCUUGA